CAGCUGCCCUAGAUAAAUCAGUCUUCUGGAGAGCUUGCAGGGGCUCAGGGAAGAUUUCAAAUAUGAAGGGUAUGGUGCAAGUAUUAUCGGUAUGUGUGUUAACAACAAUCCUUGGCUGUAUAUUUGGGUUGAAACCAAGCUGUGCCAAAGAAGUUAAAAGUUGCAAAGGUCGCUGUUUUGAGAGAACAUUUGGAAACUGUCGCUGUGACGCUGCCUGUGUUGACCUUGGAAACUGCUGUCUCGAUUACCAGGAGACUUGCAUCGAACCAGAACAUAUAUGGACUUGCAACAAGUUCAGGUGUGGCGAGAAAAGGUUGCUCAGGAGCCUCUGUGCCUGCUCAGAUGACUGCAAGGACACUGGUGACUGCUGCGUCAACUACAGCAAUGUGUGUCAAGGUGAGCAAAGCUGGAUAGAAGAACCAUGUGAAAGCAUUAAUGAGCCACAGUGUCCAUCAGGGUUUGAUUCACCUCCUACCCUCUUAUUUUCUUUGGAUGGAUUCAGGGCAGAAUAUUUACACACUUGGGGUGGACUUCUUCCUGUUAUUAGCAAACUAAAAAACUGUGGAACUUAUACUGAGAGCAUGAGGCCAGUAUAUCCAACAAAAACUUUUCCCAAUCACUACAGUAUUGUCACUGGACUUUAUCCAGAAUCCCAUGGCAUAAUUGACAAUAAAAUGUAUGAUCCCAAAAUGAAUGCUUUCUUUUCACUUAAAAGUAAAGAAAAAUUUAAUCCUGAAUGGUACAAAGGAGAACCAAUUUGGCUCACAGCUAAGUAUCAAUACCUCAAGUCUGGCACCUUUUUUUGGCCAGGAUCGGAUGUGGAAAUUAAUGGAGUUCUUCCAGACAUCUAUAAAAUGUAUAAUGGUUCAGUGCCAUUUGAAGAAAGAAUUUUAGCUGUUCUUCAGUGGUUGCAACUUCCUAAAGAUGAAAGACCACACUUUUACACUCUGUAUUUAGAAGAACCCGAUUCUUCAGGUCAUUCGUUUGGGCCAGUCAGCAGUGAAGUCAUCAAAGCCUUGCAGAGGGUUGACAACAUGGUUGGCAUGCUGAUGGAUGGUCUGAAAGAGCUUAACUUGCAUAGAUGCCUGAACCUCAUCCUUAUUUCAGAUCAUGGCAUGGAACAAGGCAGUUGUAAGAAAUACAUACAUCUAAAUAAAUAUUUGGGGGAUGUUAAAAAUAUUAAAGUGGUCUAUGGACCUGCAGCUCGAUUGAGACCCUCUGAUGUCCCAGAUAAAUACUAUUCAUUUAAUUAUGAAGCUCUUGCCAGAAAUCUUUCUUGCCGAGAACCAAACCAGCACUUCAAACCUUACCUGAAGCAGUUUUUACCUAAGCGUUUGCAUUUUGCCAAAAGUGACAGGAUUGAGCCUUUGACAUUCUAUUUGGACUCCGAAUGGCAGCUCGCACUGAAUCCUUCAGAAAGGAAACAUUGUGGAAGUGGAUUUCAUGGCUCUGACAAUCUAUUUCCUAAUAUGCAGGCCCUCUUCAUUGGCUACGGACCUGGAUUCAAGCAUGGCAUUGAGGUUGACACCUUUGACAAUAUUGAAGUCUAUAACUUAAUGUGUGAUUUACUGAAUUUGACACCAGCUCCUAAUAACGGAACUCACGGAAGUCUUAAUCACCUUCUAAAGAAUCCUGUUUAUACCCCAGUACAUCCCAAAGAAAUGCAGCCCCUGACACAGUGUCCCUUCAAAAGAACCCUCAAAGAUUACCUUGGCUGCUCAUGUAACCCCUCAAUUUUGCCAAUUGGAGAUUUUCAGACACAGUUCAAUCUAACCACAGAUGAAGAGAAGGUGAUUAAACGUGAAACUUUACCCUAUGGAAGGCCCAGAGUUCUGCAGAAGAAACAUUCCGUCUGUCUUCUUUAUCAGCACCAGUUUGUGAGUGGAUACAGUCGUGACAUCCACAUGCCACUCUGGACGUCCUACACUGUCGACAGAAAUGACAGUUUUUCUGCAGUGGACUUUUCCAACUGUCUCUAUCAGGACCUUCGAAUUUCGCUUAGUCCUGUCCAUAAGUGUUCAUUUUAUAAAAAUAACACUAGGCUGAGUUACGGCUUCCUGUCCCCACCACAACUAAAUAUAGAUUCAAAUCAAAUAAAUUCUGAAGCUUUGCUGACUACCAACAUAGUUCCAAUGUACCAGAGUUUUCAAGUUAUAUGGCGCUACUUUCAUGAGACCCUCCUGCAGAGGUAUGCAGAAGAAAGAAAUGGCAUUAACGUCGUCAGUGGGCCUGUGUUUGACUCUGAUUAUGAUGGAUGUUAUGAUUCCUCAGAGACCCUGAAGCAAAACAUCAGAGUCAUCCGAAAUCAAGAAAUUCUAAUUCCAACUCACUUCUUCAUUGUGUUAACAAGUUGUAAAAACACAUCCCAGACUCCAUUGCAGUGUGAAAACUUGGACACUUCAGCUUUCAUUUUGCCCCAUAGGACUGAUAAUAGUGAGAGCUGUGUGCGUGGGAAGCAGGAGUCCUCGUGGGUUGAAGACUUGGUAAUGUUCCACAGAGCAAGGAUCGCGGACGUUGAACACAUCACUGGACUUAGUUUCUAUCAAGAAAGAAAAGAGCCAGUUUCGGACAUUUUAAAGUUAAAAACACACUUGCCAACUUUUAGCCGAGAAGACUGAGGUUUUUUUGUUUUUGUUUGUUUUUGUUUUUAAUUUCCAAAAGCACACCACCAAUCACUUGGAGGGAACUUUAUCUUUUAUACAAUCCUCUACCCACACUAUUGCAUUUUUCGGAAACUUUGAACCAGAGUGAGGACUGGGAAUCCUCUGUGAUACGGACAUCUCAGGGAAACUUGUGGACUCGGUGUGGCAGUGGGAGCGUUCCUGUUGAGUCGUGCACGUAUUUGAAUGUGUAAGAUUUGUAUGCAUUCGUCAAGUUCUGAGGAAUAAAGGCAGACCAUACCUAGCA